CCUAUGAAUAGCAAAACAAUGCUGGAACGUCCUUGCAGAUUCUACAUUCGGAGAUGCGUAGUGUAAAAGUUGAAAGGCAUGAGUUUUGAUCUCGGCAUUGGCGCUGCCAACUUUUGUAACAGGGGACCAGUUAACUCGUGAAAUGGGCAAACCUGGAGGCAAACCUGUGGGAGACAAUGUUUGAGUAACUCCAAGGAGACCAGACAGUGGAAAUGUCAGCCCUCAACUGGAAGCCCUUUGUGUAUGGAGGGCUGGCCUCCAUCACAGCGGAAUGCGGCACAUUUCCAAUUGAUUUAACCAAGACACGGCUCCAGAUUCAAGGCCAGACAAAUGAUGCCAACUUCCGAGAAAUCAGGUACCGAGGGAUGUUGCACGCACUGAUGAGGAUAGGUCAAGAAGAAGGGCUGAGGGCGCUGUAUUCCGGGAUCGCCCCUGCCAUGCUGCGUCAGGCCUCCUAUGGAACCAUCAAGAUUGGCACUUACCAGAGCUUGAAGCGAUUAGCUGUGGAACGCCCAGAAGAUGAAACCCUGUUGAUCAAUGUUGUGUGUGGAAUUCUGUCUGGAGUCAUAUCCUCAGCUAUUGCUAAUCCAACCGAUGUUUUGAAAAUCCGAAUGCAAGCACAGAACAGCGCUAUUCAAGGCGGAAUGAUAGGCAACUUCAUUAACAUAUACCAGCAGGAAGGGACCAGAGGACUGUGGAAGGGUGUGUCUCUCACGGCUCAGCGGGCUGCCAUUGUUGUCGGUGUGGAGCUGCCAGUCUAUGACAUCACCAAGAAGCACCUGAUACUCUCGGGCCUGAUGGGAGACACUGUCUUUACACAUUUUCUCUCAAGCUUCACCUGUGGUCUGGUGGGGGCUUUGGCCUCAAACCCUGUCGAUGUUGUAAGAACCCGUAUGAUGAAUCAGAGAGUCCUUCCAGACGGCAGGUGCUCUGGCUACAAGGGUACCUUGGAUUGCCUAUUGCAGACAUGGAAGAAUGAAGGUUUUUUUGCUCUAUAUAAAGGUUUUUGGCCAAAUUGGUUGCGCCUUGGUCCUUGGAAUAUCAUUUUCUUUUUGACAUAUGAGCAGCUGAAGAAAUUGGACUUGUGACCAGUCCAUGCUACACAAGAUAUUCUUCUGAAGAGCCAACACCCGCAAUGGUAGAACCUCCUGUGCUUCUGGCUGCUUCUCACUGCACAGCUCAUCACAGCUUCUAGGAUGGGAGCGAUGGGUGAAGACUGGGUUCUUCAGAGUGUCAUGUUGGCGCUGGAUGCUUUUCAUCCGUGUUCAGAGAUUAAACUAUAGCAUGUACUCACUAGUCUUUGCCAUGGAAGUGCCCUUUUGACACCCAAGAUAAUGUGCAGAACACGUUUCUUGCUGUAGAAAACUUGCAGGGGAAUCAGAACCGCGUGCAGUUUUCCCCUGGGAGAGCAGCCUCGCUGCCUCUGGGCUUCCAGCUGUGAACAUCAGCAGCUCUGGGAAGACUCCUGGAGUGAUGGCGGCCCAGGAGGCUGGUGUUAUUGUUCUGAGAAGGCUCCGGAGUGAUGGAGCCCCUCCCCCUUGGCUGGUAUUAUUCCCAAACUGUUGAGAGCUUUAGUUUCCUGUCAGCUGAAGAGAUUUUACAUUUGGACUUUUAAACUCUAGACCUCGACAGUGCAGGAAGUAGAUUUUUUUAGAACAUUGCACUGCUUUAUAGUUCCUGUUUGGGCACAAUCUUUCACUUACAGUAAGUGAAGUUAAGCCUUGGGAGACCUUUGUGAGGUAACAUUAGCAUUUGCCCUAUGAUUUUUAGCAGUUUAUUAUUUCCAUUUUGAUCAAAUGGGGAUAAUCAUGCUGAGUAAGUUGGUGUCAAAUGAAGGGGAAACAGGCUGCCACGUGCAAGGUGAGUGUGUUCACACUCACAGUGAACAGUCGGGGUACCUCCGUUAAAUAACGCUACAGGUGAAGUUCUGUAGUCGCUAAUGAACUGAAGAGAGGAUGCCUCCAGACUUCUAGCCUUUACUUUAGCUCAAGGUGGGUUUGUUUAAAAACCUUUAUCUGAGAUUUCCUAGUUAAUUUCCUUGAAAUUG